UUGUUUGGGUCAUUUAGGCAAAUGUUUUGCCCUAUCUUCCAGCUUUGUACUAGACACUAGUUUUAUUUUUCUAAUCGAUGGCAUUUAAACACUUAAAUACUCUUUUUGGUAAAACUUCUUAUCUGGUAUCCUCAAUCUACUGGCAUGUUGAAUAAUCAUAUAAAUUAACAAACAAAAACUUAAUGUUUUAGUGUUCGAAAUACGUAUUCAUUUUUGUCGUUAGGCAAUUUUAUUGAUUAAAUACUUCAUUUUGACGUUUAUUUUCGCAUACGUUAUUUAUUUGUAAGAUGUACAGGUAACUGUUUAUCGUGUUUAAGUGAGAAUAAUAAAAAACGUGAAAUAAAUAAUAACAAUGACCAGUUGGUGUAUCAGGCAAGAGCCUCAAGCAAUUGAUGAUGACAUGAUCCAAACUAUGAUUGACGAUAUGGCUAGCAAAGGGGAAGCUGGGAGACUUCAAAAACUCGAGGGACUGCCCUUAGAUGAAAUUUACGAAAUACGAUUUGAAUUAAAAAAAAUUCUUCGCAUAGAUCACUUGUGGAUCCUUCCAUCUUUGACAAAGUUGGGUCUGAACAACAAUCUUAUCGAAAAAAUCGAAAAUUUAGAUAGUCUGGUGCAUUUGAAGGAAUUAAAUUUGUCCUUCAAUAAGAUAUUAAAGAUAGAAAACUUGGAAAACCUACACAACUUGGAAAUAUUAAAUCUCUUCAACAACAAGAUUGAUUUGAUCGAAAAUCUAGAAAAUCAAAAGAAACUUACCAUUUUCAGUAUUGGUCGAAACAAUAUCUGUGACAGAAAUAACAUUUUAUAUCUACGUAAAUUUCGACAACUCAAAUCUCUAAACAUGUUUGAAAACCCUUGCGCCUUAGAUGAAGACUUUCAAAUAUUUGUAGCCACAUUUUUACCUCAGAUCGACUAUUAUGAAUACAAAAGAAUCUUAAAAGAAGAACGGGAACAAGGUUUGGCAAAGUUCAUGAUGAUGUUAAACGAAGUUGAAGAAAACGAAAAAGAAGAGAACAUUAAAAUAGCAAAGAAAGAAAAAGAACUUGCUGAUGCCGCCCUCCACGCCGGUAGUUUCGUGGAAUAUUUGGGUGGCAGUCAUCUUUUUGAUUCCAUGUACGAAAAUGACGUGGAUGGAAAGUUAUUUUUGUUAUUUGGCGAUGAAGUAACCGAAUUGUACGACGAAUUUAAAGAGGAAUUCGUCAAUAACUGCGUAAAACUCUUUAAAUUUGGACAAGAACAGUAUGUUCUUAGACAAGAAGAAAUCGCUCAGUAUGAAAAUACAGUUAAAACAGCCAAAGGGGAAGGACAAAGGCAGAGUAUAAAAAUGAUGGAGGACUUCUUAGAGAAGAAAAAUGAAGUGUUUGAAAUUGUUAAAAAUUUGGGAAAACAAUUAGAAGAAAAGAUUAUCGAUCAGGACGAAUACAACGAAGCAUUACAAGAAAUAUCGGACAGUUUCAACAACGAUCUUCAUCAAAUUUGGAAAAGUUCCAUGAAAUUUGAAGUGACAAUUUUCGGACAGAUGGAAGAAGUGAAUCAAUUAUUUGACAUAUCUUUGACCGAUUUGUUAAAUAAUUUUGUGGAAGGCGCUCAAGCUGUGUUUUCAGAGUUGCGAAGUUUGCAAGCAAACUAUAACGAAAAUAUAACUGAAAUAAUGACUAGAAUGGUGGGGCCCAAAGGUCCCAAUCCUGAUGCUGAUAUACCACCCGAGGCAGAACACUUAUUUGUUGAUAAAGACACUUUGGGAAACGCUUUGGGAGGAACUCACGACAUUCACAUGCAAACAAUUGACGCUAGAGAAGAUUUACUUAUUGGAAGAGCAAGAAGUUGGCUAAGUAACAUCGUUGAUAAUCUGUAUGAGAAUGAAAUUAAAACAAACAGAAUGAAAAUUCUCGAAAUCAAACACUUUUUGGAAGUCCAAACAAGUGAAUUUGAAGAAUUAGUCAUGAUUGAUAAAGAACUACAAAAUGAGAAUUUGGAAAAUAAUUUAUAAUUUUAUACUUAUCUAUAUGCAUUAUACAUAAUAAUUGUAUACUCUCAAUUAAAUAUGUAUAAACAAAA